AGCUACCGAGGCUUGUCAAAGAAGAAAAAGAGAAAUAGAAAAUGGAGAAAGGGGAAGGCGAAGAGAUAGCAGCAGCAGCAGCAGCAGCAGCAGAGGAAGGAAUGAAGCAGCAGUGCCAGCAGAGGAAGAAGAAACGCAAAGAGGUUUUUCCUUUCGGCAAUUACAGAAACUACUACGGCUACCGUAUAGGUCAGGACUUGGAGGAGGAAGAUCCUCGGUUGAAGGUCUUGAAGAAGGAAUGGUUUGAAGGCAAGGAUUGUCUUGAUAUUGGCUGCAAUAGUGGGAUAAUUACCAUCCAAAUUGCUAAAAAGUUUCAAUGCCGAAGCAUUAUUGGAAUUGACAUUGAUUCUAAUCGAAUAGAGGACUCAUACUGGCAUCUCAAAAAAUUUGUGAAAAUGGAAAGUGCUCAGAAGACACAUGCAAAGGCUUCCAAACUGGCGAUUGCAGAGAGUGCAAAUGGUCCAGAGCAGAGCGAUACUGCAGCAUCCAAUGAAGAGACAAAAGAAAUUUCAAGGGAUUGUUCUCCUUCUAUGAAAAGAGAUCUGUAUGACAUUGUCUCUUUCCGGCAAGAAAAUUUUGUUCAGAGUCGGCAUCCACGAGAGAAGCAAUAUGAUACAAUUCUUUGUUUGAGUGUGACAAAAUGGGUUCAUCUUAAUUGGGGCGAUGACGGAUUAAUUACAUUAUUUUCAAAGAUUUGGGGAUUGCUUCUUCCGCAGGGUGGCAUUUUUGUUUUGGAACCUCAACCUUGGAAGUCAUAUCAAAACAAUCGUAAUGUGUCUGAGACAAUAGCAAUGAAUUAUAAGAAUAUUAUCAUCCAUCCUGAAUGUUUUAGGGAAAUACUUCUAGACAAGAUUGGGUUUAGGAAGGUAGAGGACAUAACUUCCAGCUUAUCAGGCAGCAAAACUGGAUUCAACAGACAAAUUUUGGUGUUCCAUAAAUGAAUGAAUCAUUUACUAAAACAGCAUUUUGAGCACCAUUUCUCUAUCUUUAUGGAGGUAGAAUAGGUUGUAAAGUUCUGAGAGAUGCAUUUUAGACUGGUUAUCGAUCUGUUACUACAUCGUAAGCCAUAAAUUGAUGGUUCAAUACCACAGGGAAGUUCAGAAAACUUGGAUGAUGCAUGCUCAUGUGGCUCGACUCAGACAGUGUGGCUCUCCACACCGCACUCUUGGUAUGGAUGAGAUUAGCUUCUAUCUUGCCUCUGGACUUCCAAAAGCAAUGAUCAGAAGGGAAGCUAAUUGUAUCCAAAAUUGAGAUUGUUUUGUUUCAUAUUUUUACUUGUGGAAGGAAGUUCUUUGAAAUCAAUAUAGGCAUAGUAAUAGAAUGUUUUUGUCUCCUAUUCUGUAAAGUUUUUGCCAGUCCUAGCUGAAGUUGUGAGGAUUCUACAGAAUUUAGAAAAAUCCGAAGGUAUAUCAACUACUCAAAUCUGGAAAUGUGCAUCUGCAUUAGUCCACCCCUAUUGCAAUUGGCUUGAAACCCAGAUUUCGUAGCAGCGGUUGGAUGUAAUUCUCGCAAUAAAGAUUCUUUUGAUCGUUCCA